GUUUCGUAUCUGUGAUAGAAACUGAUGCGUGAAUUGAAAGUGAAAGUAAAAUCAGCUGUUUCUGUUUAUGUCUGUAUGAAACUCAUUGUUAUGCUACGAGCAAAACGGGAGCUGGAGUAUCUUAAAGAGGAUACAACACUGAGAAGCGUUUGCAGUCGUAUAUGUCUGUGGAUGGGGAAGUAUUGGAGUAAAAUGGCUCGACUAUACUACUGCUCCGCAUCAUUGGAUUAUGAAGUGAGGGGCCUUUUAAACUACAGUCUGUCCUGCUGUGUUAAUGCUUUGCUUCAGUCCUUUUCUGCCACCACUGAACUCCUGGACAUACUGAACAAAUGGCAUCCAUCAGAUGGGACUGGUGAGAGGAACGUCCCACUGCAGUUGAGGAACGCCCUGGAAGCCAUGAGGGACAAAUCACAUCCUGUUCCACACAAAGACUUCCUCAAUUGCCUCUACCAUCAAGCCAUCCGACCAUCCACUCAACAAGAUGCAGAUGAAAUAUUCCACAUCGUCCUAAAUCUCAGUCAGAAGCAGAUGUCUGAUGCUGCUGUGGCUCAGGAAAUCCGCAGUCUCUAUGAGAUAAAGGUAGAGACCCAGGUGGUGUGUUCAAAGUGCAAAUUCAUUCACGGAGUGCCCAGCUCUCUUUUCAGCCUUCCUUUGGCAAUCUGUGAAAGAGAAAACACCCUGGAAAGCUGCAUCAAGUCUUUUUUCAAGCUACAAAAGCUGCCGGACAGCGAGAAGUUUUACUGUGACCGGUGUGAUGAAAAGCAGCCGUGCACUCAUGAAGUGAAACUUGCCUCAUUGCCUCCGAUUCUGUGUGUCCACUUGAAAAGAUUCAGAAACGAUGGUUUCACCAGGAAACUCUCCAACAAAGUCACCUUUCUUGAAAGAUUCAGCACUGGCAUUUUUGCUGCAGGACAAUCAGAAAAUGCUGAUUGUCUCAAGGCUGAUGAGUAUUACAGUCUCUAUGCAGUAGUAGUGCACAUAGGAACUGCCAUGUUUGGUCACUGCACUGCUUUCAUCAGAUCAAAUCAGGACGAGAUGUGGUAUUAUGCUGAUGACCACCGCGUGCGACCAUCCACAUGGGCAGAAGUGCAGGACACAUAUGGAGGGUUCCAUCGGUAUGGAGGCACAGCCUACUUGCUUCUGUACAGGAAGAAGAGCUGGAAUUCAUCUGGAUAACUGUUGGGUACACUGCAGCGCUUGAUGAACACUAUAUGAAUUAAUGCAGAGAAUAUUCCAAGAUUAGGACCAACGUCUAUUUAUAUUUUGGGUGUAAGUAUGAAGAAAGAUGUUAAAGAAUGUAAACCAGUAUAUUUUCAUGUUGA